ACAAUAUACCCCGCUUUUUUAAAAUUCAUUUCCGAAUCUACACUUCUGAUAUUUUGUUCCAAUGCAUCUCAUGCGGUGCAUAUUUUUGCCAAUAGUCCUUGUGACUAUCUAUAGUCGGAACUUAUGUGGACAUUUCACCGUUCAAAACAGUCUAUUCACUGGGCAUGUGGUUAAAACUCUUUAUGGUAUCAACUGGCUUCAGUGUAUUGAAGAGUGUCAAAAACUUACAAAUUGCAUCUCAUACAACUUUUUUCUGCCUGGAAAAAUCUGUGAGCUUAACGAUUGGGGUUUGGUAAAUCGCUGUGAUGAUGAAAAGAGUCUUAUCAAGGAUUCUGGAUGGAUUUUUCACGAAAUGGUUUCUUUUGAGGCGAGGUUAUCACACGUAAAACCAAGUAAAGAUCUCAUUGCAUUGUUUACCUGUCAUGAUACCAUGGAAAUGUUUACCGAUGGUAAAAGUCUUGGGGAACACCAUUGUGAUUGGAAAAAGAUUAAACAGUUCCUUAUCCCAAGAUUUACAAAAGUUGUGUCAGUUAAAGGAAUGAGCGCGUCUUUGGAUUCUGGAAUACUUGGUUCAUUCAGCAACGGCCUGGUAACCAAUGAAAGCUGGAAAUGUAGUCUUCAUUGGUUCCCCGGAUGGAGUUCCCCGGAUUUUGAUGACAGUCCGUGGUCAGCGGCUGUGGUGGUGGCAGAACACGGUAAUAUCACAGGUAUCGACCCAGCAGCCAAGUGGAUAUGGACAAAUCCAAGAGGAUUUGAUGAAGCUUAUUGCAGGCUAAGCCUACGCUGAACGCAAAACGGUUUAUCUUAGAGACAGGUCAUUUUUUUUAUCACCAAGGGGGGGUUAACCUAAGGCUCUGUCACAUUCUGACAAUCCCCUUCAUUUACAAUUAAUUGGCAGUCGAUUUUCAAUAUCACGGUCCCCCCUCUUAAUACUCUGGAGGCCACGACUGAUUCCCUGCCAUUACCGUACGUUGAAAACCAUGUAAUCCCCCCC